UAUCCCAUUUCAGUGACAGGCCGUUGAAUAGCGAACCAAAACAUUCCCAAUGUAGGAUUCAUACAAUUUUGUUAGAUGAACAGCGGCAAAUCGGUCGUAGAAAAAUGUCUUUAAAUUUAGUAAAUUACAGUGAUAGCUCUUCAGAUGAAGAGAUUGAAGUACAGAAAAAUCCACCACUGCCUAAAAGCAAACUGCCAAAUCCUUUUCAAAAAACAAAUGAAGUCAAUAAGCAAGAAGACGAUGGUUCAGCUAAACACAACGGAAGGAUACGGUUAUUUCCCCAUGAACGUGGCAAUUGGGCCACUUACAUUUAUAUUCACUAUCCGAAGACAGACUUCAUCGUCCGAUUGCAAAAUGAGUUGCUCGAUCAAAUAAAAUCAACAAGUACAUUGGAAACUAUUGAAUUUCAUCCAAAUGAGGAGUUACAUCUGAGCCUGACACGAACGGUUGUCCUGCAACAUCAUUGGAUCGACGAAUUUGUUCGAAGUGUGGAACAAAAGUUAAGAAACACAAACAGAUUUUGGAUAAAUUUAAGUUCGAUUCAAAUCUAUUGCAACGAUAACCAAACCAGGACAUUUAUAAGCCUAUCAUUUGCCGAAAAGAAUACAAAUUCCACCCAAAAUUUACAGAACAUUGUAAACCAAUUGGAUAGUUGCCUGAAAGAAUUUAAAUUGCCUUCUUUUUAUAAGGAAGCAUCUUUCCAUGUUAGCCUUCUGUGGUGCCUUGGAGAUAGAAGAAAUGAACUUCACGCACUACUACCUCAAUUUUGUAAACUAUUAGAGCACCUAUCGUCGAUUGAUGACUCAAAUCUCACAAUUGAUGUGGAAAAGUUAUUUUGUAAAAUUGGGAAUAAAUUGUAUAGUUUUCACUUGUGAAAAUAAAUUUUGAAAAAUCUA